UCACCUGUACUACUGGAAUGUUACCUGCAGUUUGACACAGAUUCUCUAUGUGUUAAAAUCAUACAAAUGUACAUAACACAAGAACGAUUUUCAAGGAUUUUCUAGGUUUACAAAUGUAAAGAGCAAUGUUUGGACUCUGAAUAUAAAUUUACAAAAUAAUGUAAAUGCUUAAUUUCCAGAAAUCGCAAUUGCUCUGCCUAUUGGAACAACAGAUGGAUUUGUAAGCCUUCAUUUGCAAAGAUUUUGUUUGUAUGUCUACAAAAAAAUGAUUGAACAUCUGUUUUAACUUGUGUAAAUGACACAGUGGAAGUGAAAAACACAGGAGUUUUUUUCCAGUAAUGAGUGUAAUAUAGACUUAACAGAUCAUUAUUAGUGUAUUGUUUAGUAUGCCAGCACACACAAAAACAUAAGAACACAGAGGUCCUAAUAAAAAUGGAAUUUAACUAGGGCGUGAUCAAUUUGAAGGUAUUGGCAAGAGAUCUUCAAAGGAAAGGAUCAAAACUAAUCAACAUAAAGAUUUCAAUGUGAAGACAGCAUUAUGGCCAGACUGGAGUCAAGACUAUAUCUUCUGCUACCUCUCCUCAACUAUCUUGCAAAAUCAACAGGUGAAUCCAUCAGCGAAUGCUUCACGGGGGAGCAAAAGACGUUAAGGAUCAACUGCGGAUCUGGCUACAUGCUGCGCAUCACGAACACAUUCUACGGGUUCAGUAACUCGAACACGUGUUUGUUCCGUGCAGGUGACUGCACGCAGCUGGAGCACACGCCGUACCCGUGCACAGGCCGGGACUCGUGCUUGAUAACCGUUCCCAGAAGUGGGAAGAGACUCGACAACUGUGAUAAAAACAGCACUUAUUUCCAAGUGCAAUACACGUGUGAGCCUGUGAUUGAGACCACAGACAUCUGUCAGUCGUCCGUUCUCACCGCUCAGCGAGGCUACAUAUCGACGCCGCGGUUUCCAAGCAACUACCGAGACAACCUCGACUGCCUGACCCGGAUUAGGGUUGACCCGUCUCAGCAGAUCAACCUCACCGUGAUCGACAUGGACCUCGAGAUUAACGGGACAUACGGGUGCAAGGACUGGAUGUACGCCUUUAACCAGUACCGCAGUGUUACGCUCUGUGGGCUGAGAUUCAAUGAGAAGCUGACGACACUCCAGAGCAACGAGAUCUCCAUCAAGUUUCAGAGCAAUGAGCUGACCAACAAGAAGGGGUUCUGGAUCCUCUAUGAAGCAUGGCCACCUCUCAUACCAACUCAGCCGUCAACCACUGAGAGACUCACCGUUCCUCCUCAAAUCACAACAAGUCCUGAAGUCCAGACCACCAAGAUAGCUCCUCUGAUCACGUCAAAUACUGCAGUGUCCAAUACGAAGGAAGAAAAGUUACCAUUCGUUGCCAUAGUGUCCAGUGUGAUUGGAACUCUAACCUUCAUUCUGAUCGUUCUUCUAAUUAUCCUGGUGUACCGCUGGUGGAACGACAAAAAGGACACGUCUUACAAAAGAAAGUCCCAGGAUGUUGAGUACCUUGACACACGAAACCCUGCUUACAGAAGCAGUACCGGAACAGAAUUCAGCGGUGUGGAAAUAUACUACAACCGUUAGUAACUAUGUUGCAGGUGGGGAAUAAAUAAUUGAUAUAGAAUGAAAGUGCAAGUCAAAUUGAGAUUUCAACUAACUAAUAUUAUAUAAAACCAGCAAAAUUAUCUCUAUAUGGAGAUACGACAGGCUGAUUUAUUGCUUAUGAAGAUAUUUUUGUGAAGAAUCUAACAAUGUCAGAGUACUUGUGUUCAUGGAGGAUUUCUAGCCAAGGGAGACUACUGUGCUGCAGGGUAGAGCACUGACAUUGUUGUCUUACCUGGGGAUAAUAUCACAUUAAAAGGCCACUUGCAAAAGAGAAUUGGGUACUGAUGAAAAAAAUGAUUUAUAAGUGAAGUGACCUUUUACCAAAUGACAUUUUAUAUGGAAACUGAUAUAUGAAGUAUUUGUUAAGUUUGAGGUGUUUUCUAGAUAGAAUGACAAAGCAUUAAAGUGUGAAUUAACUUUGGCUGCUAAGGAGAGUAUUGAAUUUGGUAGAUUAAUUCAAACUAGUCACUGAGAAUAUGCUACACAAAGCAUCGUUCAUUUCGGAUAGACAUAUUGUGAGAUAAACAGCGAUUGCUGGAGUGCAUAUUUCAAGACUGAACCAUUAUUAUUGUUGUAUGUGAAUGUUUCAAGAAAUACACCAUGGCAACAGUAGUGCUAGUGAACUGUGAUCAGAUUUAAAAUCAGGGACACGCUUCUGAUAGCAUGUAUACACAGCUGGCUGGGGUAUAUCACAAUAUAACAAACAGAAAUUAUUCUGCUUACAGAACUGUGUGAUAAUUUGUUUGUAUUUUUUAUUGCGCAAAUUUUUUCAGUUCUUCUGGAAGGCCCAGAAAAUCCUGGCUAUUUCGAAAGGAAGACUGCAAUAUUUGCUUUAAAUUGCAGCUUGAAAAAAUACACAUGUAUACAAAUCGAUCAUUUAGCUAAUAUAAUGUAUGGAGGCAUUGUUUUUACGAGGUCAUAAAGUUAACAGUAUAAAUCCUGUUAAAAAUUUCUUUACGUUUUUUUUAAAAUAAGAAACAAGCAAAACUGAAUAAUAAAUAUUGAAAAUGCAAUUUAACAACAAACUGCUUUUCUUUACGUUAUGUGUAUAUGUUCACAUUUAACUACAAAUGGCAAAUUGAGUGUGACCAAAAAACCCUGUGAUACUACAACAUUUUAGUGUGGGAGACUAAAACGAAUUGUUAUGGUAUUCGUUGUUGUUGAAGAACAACAUUUGCGAUUUUGAAUUGCAAUUGAAAUACUGUUGGAGAUAUAUGGAGAUUUUCAAUCACUUUAAAUACCUGAUAAUUAUUAUUUUUUAUUUAAAUAAUCAUUUUUUAAUUUACAGAUAAAGCACAUAUUUAGGUUUAAAUAAAAUGUUCCAAAAUGCCUGCAAAAUAGUAUUCUUUUUAGCCAUAAAAUUUGUUUAAAGUAAUAAAAUCAAAACUAAACUAUGAAAACAUAUUUUAAAGUCUGAUGUAACCUAAAUCGUACAUAGGACUUGAAAUAUUGUCCAACAAGGGCUGCUAAGACAGAUUGCCCGAGAAAAGCCCAUUUAUGAAUAGGUAACACGCCAACUUAUUUGGUGUGAACAGCCAGAGUUGUUGUAUCAUUAAAACAUUUUUUUAACAGUCUGCUGUCAGACUUUUAAUGCUACUAAGCCAAGCCACACAUUUGCUGGUAACUUCAAAAGAAGGAACCUUUUGGUACCAAUUAUUCAACUUUUAUGACCUUAACAUUUAUCACUUUUUUUUAGUUGAUACAUUCUUUUGAUUAUAUAUGUACAGACAAUUAAACUGUACUAGUAUCAUGUAAUUUGUGUUAUAUUGUAAAGUUUUAUUUGUAUUUUACAUCACAAUUUUUUUCAUUUCUAGUGUUCUAUUAGCUAAACUGUGCAAUAAAGAGUGUACAUAGUUCCCAUCAUGUAUAUAAUAUGCAGCCGUUUGUAAAUAUUCAGCAUCUAGGUCAAAAAUAUGUCUUAUUUAUUAUUUCAUGUAGUGUUUUUGUUUGUUAUUAUGUUAUUGGAUAAUAUUUGAUUAAUAUAACUGACUCUUUAACAAUCCCCUUUGAGAAACAAACAUACGUACAUUUCAUCAUUUACUUUUUUUAACAGGAUUAAACCAUUUAUGCCUAGCGUCUAGAAAAAAGGCAUUGGCAAACAGCAUAGACCAAGAUGAGACGCCACAUGAUGGGGCGUCUCAUCAGGGUCUGCGCUGUUUGCUUAAAGGAAUUUCUGUAAGAAAUAUUCUAAAUAUAGAAAUAAAUAUACUAGACAUCCCUAAUUUUGGAAAUAAAUUGAUCCAAUUUAGAAGGAUGGGAGAGUCUACUAGGCAUAAAUGGGUUAAAAUCCACGGACAAUUUUCCAUAGCCCUCUAUAACAGCUUCAAUUAAUUGCAUAAACACAAUUUAGAAACUUUACAAUGUUUUAACACAUUUUAACUAAUUCUUAUAGAUAUGUUAAAAUGUAUACAAUGGUUUUUAGAUAUUUGUUUAAAAAUAUUUUAGAGAUAAAAUACAUAGAUACAUUUUCUACCAUUUUUUUGUAUUAAUUGCCAAUGCUGUAUCAGCCACUGUGUUGUGUUGUGUUGAAGUAUUGGUACAUGUGUUGAGAGAAAUAAACCAUACAAUAUAAAAUAAA